AUGCCGUACGCCAACCAGCCAACUGUCCGCAUUACCGAACUGACUGACGAGAAUGUCAAAUUUAUCGUGGAGAACACCGACCUGGCGAUCGCAAACUCCAUCCGGCGAGUGUUUAUAGCGGAAGUCCCGACAAUCGCCAUUGACUGGGUGCAGAUAGACGCCAAUUCCUCAGUCCUCCAUGAUGAGUUCAUAGCACACAGAGUGGGGCUCGUCCCCCUCACCAGCGAUGACAUUGUGGACAAGCUGCAGUAUUCCCGGGAUUGCACAUGUGAGGAGUUCUGUGCAGAGUGCUCGGUGGAGUUCACAUUGGACGUUCGAUGCAAUGAAGACCAGACCCGUCAUGUGACCUCUCGUGACCUCAUCUCCAACAACGCCCGCGUCAUCCCGGUUACGUCGCGUAGCAGAGACAAUGACCCCAAUGACUAUGUAGAGCAAGAUGAUAUUCUCCUAGUGAAGCUGCGGAAGGGGCAGGAAUUGCGUCUCCGAGCUUAUGCGAAGAAAGGGUUUGGAAAGGAACACGCUAAGUGGAACCCAACAGCGGGGGUAGCUUUUGAAUAUGACCCAGACAAUGCACUGCGGCACACAGUCUACCCCAAACCGGAAGAAUGGCCCAAGAGUGAAUAUUCUGAAAUUGAUGAGGAGGAAGUGCAAGCCCCAUAUGAUCCCAAUGGGAAGCCAGAGAGAUUCUACUAUAAUGUGGAGUCCUGUGGCUCUCUUCGGCCAGAGAAUAUUGUCCUGUCUGCACUGUCUGGUCUGAAGAGGAAGCUAAGUGACCUGCAGACACAGCUGAGUCAUGAAAUUCAAAGUGAUGUCCUCACUAUAAACUGA